AUGGACAUCAUUGUCCUUCUUCUGGACAUGGUAUUAAUGACAUUCUGCAGAUUGGAGUCAAAAACUGCAAAGUGCGACGGAAAAUUUGAACUGAGCGGACUUAACCAUGGCCACUUGGAGCAAGGAAUUAAAAACCAUGCCAUAGUGGGACACAGUUUUAAAAAUUUCACGUUGCCAAAAAUUUAUGAUUGUCAUAUCCAGUGUUUUGACGAGAAAUGUAAGUGCCAAGCAUUUCAAAUAUCUGGGGAUCGCUGUGAGCUGUUGGAUGAAGAUAGAUAUUCAACUCCUGAUGAGUUCAUAUAUACUCCUGGAUAUGCUUACUUUGAUAUGAGCAGGGAAUAUAUUCACCAGGUAACUUCAGAUAGCGCAUAUCCAGACUCACACUGCAGUAAUCAAUGCUGUAGUCAUAGUGUGUGUCUUAAUGGCGCCACGUGCACCGAACUCUGUCAGGACGCCAAACACAAGUUUAAAUGUUCAUGUGCACCAGGAUAUGUCGGGAAAUUUUGCCAGAAGCGAAGAACGUCCUGCAAAGAGCAGCUUUUGAUGGACAAGAAGUCAUCAUCGCAAGCUUACUGGCUGUUUGAUCCGACAAGCAACUCUUGGUAUGAAACCUUUUGCGAUUUUACCACCGAAAAUGGUUUUGUUUGGACUCUUAUUGAAUCGUUCAGCCUGGUUAAUAACCAAAAUUUUGCGGAUAAAUCAUUCUAUAAAGAUUAUCCUGUCAUUGAGAACGAUUUUAACUGGAAUAAGUUCCGCUUGUCUUUGAACCGGAUGGAGUCAAUUGCUAACCAGUCCUCUCACGUGCGUGCAACAUGCAACUUUAACACUGAUGGUCUGAACUUCACUGAUUACUUGAGAGCCAAACUGACUGAUAUCGAUGUAAUGCGGAAGAAAUUCGACGAUUGCAGGAAUUACGAAUACAUUAGCGUCCGUGGUUACGGUUGCCAUGACUGCACUGCUGUGUUUGUUCAGCAGGAUAUGUGGCAUGCACACGUGGACUCAUAUUAUGGAGCAGGGUGUCAGUUGAAGGCAUCAGGAGCAAUAAAGGACCCAGGGGGGGAGGAUGACUUUGGUUGGUACGAAACAGUAAACCCCAUUCAUAGGUGCUCUUCAAAUAACAACUCCACCACACAAUGGUGGUUUGGAGAACACGAAGAUUAUUGCAAUGAGCAGUAAGGGACCUAGGGCUUUAAAUACUAAUUGAGAAAACUUGUUACUUGUUAAAAUCGUGAUCAUAAAAUGUCAUAACAUAGCUGCCAUCUGUAAUGUUUAUGAUUAUGACAAGUGUUCUACAGUUGUGCCACAAGUUGCUACCAUCUCAAUCCUAAAGUUAAUUGUAGCCUAUAAAUUUAACCCUUGGUAACAACUAACUUUUGAAAAUUGUUUCUUUUUAAAGUAAUUUUGUUUUUAAUGUUUCAUUAGAGUCCAGUCGAACAACUCCAUGUGCCCUAUUUUGUAGCAGUAACUAUCAUUUCGUGCACAAGAUAAUCAGUUUUGUAAUUAUCUCAAAGCUAAGCAAUUAUCCAUCAGUUUAUAGC